AUGCUCCUCGUCGGGCGGCGCCUCAGCAGUCACGGUCACGGUACCUGGCAGUUCCCUGGCGGUCAUCUCGAGCACGCCGGGUCCAUCUUCGCCUGCGCCGAGCGCGAAACCCUCGAGGAGACGGGCCUUGCUGUCAGGGUUACUCGGCUCGCCGCCGUCACGAACUCGGUCGUCGUCGAAGUUGGCAAGCAUUACGUCACCCUGUUCGUUCUCUGCCAGCCCGUCGACACCUCCGCCAAGCCGUAG